AUGCCCCCGGGAGGUUUGUUGAAUAUGCACCGAGUACACCGAGAAGAUGCGGCUCUGACGAUCCCAGGCCCGGCUUGUAUAACAUGCCGUGAAAAGUGUCGCAAGUGCGACCGCACAAAACCCGUUUGUCAAAGAUGCAUCACCAAAGGCCUUGAGUGCAAAGGAUAUCCGGACAAGUUCCGUUUUACCGGGCUAGCAACCCGGGGCAAGUGGAAGAACAGGGCGAUCCCUACUGUGAGCCGUGACCAUGCCGUCCGGACUCAGCCGGGCCCCGGAACUGAUCAGCAACAUCUAAGUGCUUCGCCCUCGUGUGAGGAUCGGAGUAUUGAACCGCUGCCUAUUCACGACCGUCUCUUCUCACAGUCAGAAGGGCGAGCCGUCCAGUUGGACGAUUUAUUACUGCUAGAACGGACGGAGCUGUUGUUGGCACAUUAUGACCAGGUGAUAUGUCCACAUCAAAUCGCUCUUCCAGCUGGCGCAGACAACCCAUAUCAAGUUUAUAUUCUGCCGCUAGCAUACGAACAAAUUGGCCUACUUUAUGCAGUUCUAGGUCUUACCGCAUGCCAUAUGGGAAUAGAAAAACAAGAUGCUUAUCUGCGAGAGACACUGGCCGUUGAAUAUCGAGUCAGAGCUAUACGCUGUCUUGGAGAAACUCUCCGAAACGGGAUAUCCGGCGAGCUGGAUGAAAAUGAACGUGAUGGGAUUUUCGUUAUCAUUCAGAUACUGUUACUCCAGGAUAUUUUCGAAUCGGGCAUCUCAACACACGGAGUUCAUAUCACGGGUGCCCUAUCGAUUUGCAACCAGUUGCGCUUGUCUGACACCCUAUCCAGGGAGAAUGAAAGAACUAUAUUCUUCUUAGGAAAUCUAGCAUGGCAAGUUCUCUCAUCUCAUUUCCAGUUUCUCCUAUUCCUGACGCAUAUGCAUCCUAUCAGGCUGGACAUCAUCCGCUCACUCGCAGACCCACAACGACUAUGCUUUUCCCCUGAGCUUCGCGCAGCCGUAUCCACUUUAAGCGACUUGAAAUUCGAGCGGGUCAAUGGCUGCCCACGCGAGAUAUUCUUGAUAAUAGGCAACGUAAUGGAGCAUGCCAAGGCGCAUGCGACGGGCAAGAUGGAAACGGCAGAAUACGAGCGGCUUCUCAAUGCUUGCCGCUAUGAGUUGUACUCCUGGAGUUUGAAGCCUGACAGAUAUCCAAACGACGAUCCCCGCUGGCCUGCAGUUGCCGAGACAUUCCGUCACGCAUGCAUACUACAUACAUCUCGCUUGCUGGAUAUGACUCAAUCCGCCGAAGCGCCAAUAAUACAGAAUUCGGUGACAGCAAUCUUGGACUCACUAGCGGAAAUCCCUGCAGACUGUCGCCUGAUCGAGUUGGUGGUCAUGCCGAUUUUUAUGGCUGGGGCUGAUGCCUUGUCCCCGUAUGCUCGGCAUUAUGUCCUUCUGCGGUUCGACCACAUCAAAUCUCAUGGUGGGGUCACUAGCGAAAUGUCGGUUUCUCUACUUAAAUCUGUUUGGGAUGCUCGAGGUAGACAGGCCAAACAUGACAGUAGCAAUAUUCCAUGGGUGUGGUUUACUCGCCACUCGGGAUCGGAGCGGCAACAUGACUAUCUUAUUAUAUAA